CCGGUUUCCCGUGGUGCUCUGCGAGGAGCAACGUAGCCGGAAGCUGGUGGCGGCGGGGUAGGCUGCGGGCGAGAGUCCUCGGUGCAGCUCGCCGCCUGACUGCGGCCGGACCCCGCCGACCCCCGCCGGAUCCCGGUGCUCAGGAUCGAACCCGCCUGCAUCAUGGCCAGCCCAAGGACCAGGAAGGCUCUUAAGGAAGUCAGGGUGCAGGAUGGGAACAACGUGUGUUUUGAGUGUGGUGCGUUCAACCCUCAGUGGGUGAGUGUGACCUACGGGAUCUGGAUCUGCUUGGAGUGCUCGGGGAAGCACCGCGGGCUCGGAGUGCACCUCAGCUUCGUGCGCUCUGUCACUAUGGAUAAGUGGAAGGACAUUGAGCUCGAGAAGAUGAAAGCUGGUGGGAAUGCAAAGUUCAAACAAUUCCUGGAGUCUCAAGAGGACUAUGACCCCUGCUGGUCCCUGCAGGACAAGUACAACAGCAAAGCAGCCGCCCUCUUCAGGGACAAGAUGCUCCUGAGGACAGGGGAGCCUGUGGGGGACAGAGGUGACCAAGAACUCCCCACACCACUGCAGAGGGAGGCCGGCCUCAGUGUUCACGUGGCAGCUCUGGCCGAAGGCAGAGAAUGGUCUUUGGAGUCAUCGCCUGCGCAGAACUGGACCCCGCCGCAGUCCAAGACACUGCCAUCCACUGCCUACCGGGCCUCUGGCCAGCCACCGAGCUCGACCGCCUCCUCGGACAAGGCCUUUGAGGACUGGCUGAAUGAGGACCUCAGCUCCUACCAAGGGGCCCCGGAGAGUCGCUACGUGGGGUUUGGGAACACCGUGCCACCUCCGAAGAAGGAGGACGAUUUCCUCAACAGCGCCAUGUCGUCCCUGUACUCGGGCUGGAGCAGCCUCACCACCGGAGCCAGCAGGUUCGCCUCAGCAGCUAAAGAGGGCGCUACAAAGUUUGGAUCGCAGGCAACUCAGAAGUUCUGGGGUUCCAGGCAGCCACCGGAGCUGGCAUCAGAGCUGGGCCACAGUCUGAACGAGAAUGUCCUCAAACCUGCCCAGGAGAAGGUGAAGGAGGGAAAGAUUUUUGAUGAUGUGUCCAGUGGGGUGUCUCAGCUGGCGUCCAAGGUCCAGGGCGUUGGCAGCAAGGGGUGGCGGGACGUGACCACCUUCUUUUCUGGGCGAGCAGAGGACCUCUCGGACAGGCCUCUGGAGGACCAGAGCUACCAGAACAGCGGAGGGGACAACUCCCAGAACAGCACCCUCCCCCAGAGCUUCUGGGAGACCUUCGGGAGCACGGACCCCGCCGCGGCCCACAGGUCCCCAAGCAGCGACAGCUGGACGUGCGCCGACGCCUCGGCCGAGAAGCGGAGCUCGGACAGCUGGGACGUGUGGGGCUCGGGCUCCCCAUCCAACCAUAAGAACAGUGACAACAGCGAUGGCGGGGAGGCCUGGGGCGGUGGCGGGGAGGGCCGGCCCAGGAUCACCAGGAAGGCUGCCCAGGUGGACGAGGGCUGGGACAACAACUGGUAGGCGUGCUGGGCCCGGCCGACUGCUGACGGCCACUGUGCCUGCACUUGGCCCUCUCCAGCACCUUCUACGUGAGCGGAAACCCGGCCGCAGCAUGGGCACGGCCUUGGGCGGCACUCGGGGACUCUGAGCACGGGCUCGCUCUCCACGGCUGCAGGGGUUGGAGGCCGGUGGCUGUCCUGCUCCGGCUCCCCCUCUCCCCCUCUGCAUCCCGGGUGCCAUGGGGCAGGAGCUGCUGCGGUGGGGCCGCCACAUGCACGAAUAAAGCCUCCGAGGGCUGCGUGGUGUGA